AUGGAUAAGUUUGGUUGGUCCUUGUCGUCUUCUUCUCCGAUCGGCAAGAACAGUGAUGACGAAGGAGGAGAAAAUGAAGCUGAAUCUCCUUACAAGGGUCCUCUUGAUAUGAUGAAAUCUCUCGAAGAAGUUUUACCCAUCAGGAGAGGUAUAUCCAAGUUCUACAAAGGGAAGUCCAAGUCAUUCAUGAGCUUAAACAAUACUGAAUCCUUGUCGAUGAAAGAUUUAGGGAGGCCUGAUAACCUUUACAGUCGCCGCCGGAGAAAUCUUCUCAAUCACCGGCUUUGUAGUCGCGGUGGGAUCUCGAAGAAACCACUCAAGGCCAACUUCACGGUGGUAUCUUCCUGCGGCGAUGAUUCCUCUUCAGCCUCUAAUUUAAAACAUCAGCAUUGA